CUUUUGCUUCUUGUAUGCUCUUGUUCAUCUGUUCUUCACUAUAAAAACAGCUUCCGUAUAAUUUCUACCUAACAACUGUUCGACGAAUUGCCGCUGAGAGAGAGAAGAAAGGGGAAAGACGUUAGAAUGAAGCAGAGGUGAAUUAAUCUAUGCAAACGAAGGAUUCAUCGAUCAAAUUAUUGGGACGACGAUUAUUGGAGGAGUUAAUAAUAAUAUUUGAUUAAAUUGGUUAUGAUUAUGAGCAGCGGGUUUGAUAAGCAGCAGCUACAUUCUUCUUCUUCGUCUUUUAAUCUCAGCCGCUUCAUUGCCGGCCUUCUUCUUUUCAUGCUUUAUCAUUCUUUCCAAUUAAUUUCCAAUUUCUUGCUUCCUAUACACCCUUAAAAUCUCCAUUGCAAACUGAAUCCUUUUUCUUCUUGGUUUUCAAUCACAUUCUCUAUAUUCUUCGGAUUCACGUCAUCGUUUUUGUUUCAUGGAAGUCAAAGCAGAUGAUUCUGGCUCAAAUUCUCUCCUUGACAGCACUUUACCACCCCGCUUAGGGAGGCCACAUGGCUCAUCUCCAUCAGUAAUUGUAGUUGGUGGAGGUAUCUCAGGGGUAGCAGCUGCACGUUUCCUUCAGAAUGCUUCUUUUAAGGUGCUCUUGCUGGAGUCACGAGAUAGACUUGGUGGUCGCAUACACACUGACUACUCGUUUGGGUGUCCAGUUGAUAUGGGAGCUUCAUGGCUCCACGGAGUGUGCAAUGAAAAUCCUUUGGCUCCAUUGAUUCGGCGUUUGGGGCUUACUAUGUAUCGAACUAGUGGUGACGACUCAGUGCUGUAUGACCAUGAUUUGGAAAGUUGCAUGCUGUUUGACAUGGACGGUCAUCAAGUUCCUCAAAACACAGUUGCUGAAGUUGGAGAAGCAUUCAAGAAAAUCCUCAGUGAGACUGAGAAAGUAAGAAAUGAGCAUAGUCAUGACCUAUCGGUUCUUCAAGCAAUUUCUGUUGUAUUGGACAGGCAUCCUGAGCUAAGGCAAGAAGGGAUCUCUCAUGAAGUAUUACAGUGGUACAUAUGCAGAGUGGAGGCUUGGUUUGCUGCUGAUGCAGAUACGAUCUCUCUGAAAACCUGGGAUCAGGAGCAAGUUCUUACAGGUGGUCAUGGAUUAAUGGUGCAGGGUUAUUACCCGGUGAUAGAGGCAUUGUCAAAAGAUAUUGACAUCCGUUUGAGUCACAGGGUUAAGAGGAUUACAAAUGGGUAUAACAAGGUGAUGGUCACAGUUGAGGAUGGGAGGACUUUUGUUGCGGAUGCUGCUAUAAUAACUGUGCCUGUUGGGGUCCUCAAAGCCAACUUAAUUGAGUUCAAACCAGAAUUGCCAGAAUGGAAGCUUUCUGCAAUAGCAGAUCUUGGGGUGGGCAACGAAAACAAGAUUGCAUUACGAUUUGAUAACGUAUUCUGGCCAAACGUUGAAUUGUUAGGCAUUGUUGCACCCACCUCUUAUGCUUGUGGUUAUUUUCUUAACCUCCACAAGGCAACAGGGCAGCGAGUCCUUGUCUAUAUGGCUGCUGGAAGACUUGCUUAUGACGUCGAGAAAUUAUCAGACAGUGAUGCUGCUGAUUUUGCUAUGCGGCAGCUGAUGAAAAUGUUUCCGAAUGCACCUGCACCUGUUCAGUAUCUUGUAUCACGCUGGGGAACGGAUCGUGACUCCCUAGGGUGUUAUUCAUACGAUCUGGUUGGAAAGCCAACGGAUGUAUAUGAUAGGCUUCGAGCACCCUUAGGUAAUCUUUUCUUUGGAGGCGAAGCCGUCUGUAUGGAUGACCAUCAAGGGUCCGUGCAUGGUGCCUAUUCUGCUGGAAUAAUAGCUGCUGAAGAUUGCUGCCGGCAUCUCAUUAAGAGACUUGGAAGUCUUGAAAUGGUUCAGCUUAUUUCCUCCAGGGAAGAAAUUCUCAAAGCCACAGUUCCCCUCCAGAUUUCCAGGAUGUAACAAUCUUGCGAUGAUAUUAAAGAUUGUUUAACUAGGUGGGAACAUCGUUUAGUUUCUCUAUUUUUUCCCCUCAAGGAACCUAAAUCAAUAAGUAAUAUGCAUUGUCAUCCCAUUAAGCUGCUUUGAUGAUGAAUGAAGUUGUAGCACUAGUGCAACUUUAAAUGUUAAACAAUUAAUUUUUGUUAUUUUCCAUUUGCAAAUUCAAGUGCUUAAAUCAA